GAGAGAGUUGCCCUACGCCGGCAUCUCGCGUACCAUGACCUUCGCAGGUAGACAGCCUUCUCGGUGAGAAUCACUCUGCGCGUUUGAAGAGAGGGCUGGGCUGUCAAAAAAGUGUCCCGCAGUCUCCAGACAUGGACUUUUCCAUUCGGCCUUCUCAAACAUCAUGACUCUAGCAUCUGCUUUGUUUGAACUGAAACAUUCAAUGCGCUUUGUUUGCUCUGUGCCGCCCUCUCUUCCUCUUGGACACUGCCUGCUGCAUCUGGCUGGGUUCGAGUACAAAAGGGACUGCGUGAGGUGACGGCUGGCCGUUUGAUCGACCGCUCCUACCCCUCCUUCCAACCUCACUGCAUGCUGUACAUUUCUACUUCAUACCUUUUUGCCUUCUUCCUGACAUGGCUGCUAUGAUGCCAGCACCGCCAUUUGACGAAUUUUACGCCGCAGGGAUGAAUGACGAUACACAUUCGUUACAAGCGUCGAUAGAAGACUUUGAAGAGCAGGAGCGCCAGUCGCCCCUCUUCCCCGAUUUCAAGUCGGAGCGUGAAGAGAGCGAGUUUGAUGAUAGGUCGAGUGAAGGAUUGCCGUGGUCACCGCCUGGGUUCAAGAGAAGGGUGUCCAAUGCGAGUAACUGGUUUAGGCAAGACCCGUAUGGACAUUACGAUUUGAAGCCUUCCAUAAGCCCCUCGAGAUCGCGACAGACUAGCCCGGAGGUGUAUCAAGAUGCCACGGACGGCGCUGGAGACCCGGACAUCACGAUAGCGGUUAAAACGCCUCUGCCUAUGGGUACAGACUCACCCACACGAGGACAGUCACCAGGGGUCGAAGCACAACGAGGUUCGAGGAAUGAAAGUCCGGAGCAAGAGGACGUAACGGCGACCGAGCCAAAUAAUUACGUCCGUUUGCAAUUCCGGGCUGAAGUCCAACAUCGCGAACCAUUCAUGCCCUUUUUCAAUUUUGUUCAGAGGAAAUUCGACGCCAUGACGAAGACGAAAUCGACGACCCUAUUGUCGGUGAUAACAACCCUGUUAUUUGCUUGUCUACUGCGUAUCAUUGUCGCUCCACCGAUUCCGUCGCCGGUACCCGAUCUCGUCAAAGUAUCGACAUUGGCCAAGUCCUUUGAACCCUUGAUCUUUUAUUCCGAGAAUGGCUACACUCAGAUUAUUGCGCUGCAGGAAACAAGUGUGGCUGUAUGGGAUCUUGGAGAGUCCGUCCGGAGUGCUAAUAUGACCUCGGCACCAAUUAUCGUUCGAUCCCUGGACGAUUUGUCGGAGAGCUUGAAGACCUUGGGUCUCGAGUUGACACGCUUCUUCUCCGAUGUCGAUUCUGAUGUGGACAGUAUCUUAAUAGUGAUGGACUGGGCCAAACGAGAACUGCAAGGGGUGAUGACUGGACAAGGCGUGUCCAUGUCAGGGGUCGUGUUUGACCAUGUUCAUGGAAUCUUCAACCGAGGCGGAUUGCUCGAGACGUCAAAAGGCCCAACAGCAUUGGGUAAGCUACUUACCGAUGUAUUUGGGUCGAGUUCACCACAAAGAACCAGAGCGACCCUCACAAGGACCUUUCACGAAUUUGUGAAUGUUCUCGAGGAGUCGAUCAACAGCGAAUUGACCCAUUCAGCGGCCCUCUUCGCACUGUUUGAGUCCAUCGACAGACAAUUUUUGAACUUGCAACGAACUGUGGUGAGGGAGACCGACACCCAAGAACGGCUCGAGAACGAUCUCCUGUCGUCCUUGUGGACCAGAGUGGUCGGACCCAACGCCGCCAUGCUGAGGAAGUUUGAGAAGAACAAACAGUUGUUGUCAAGUGUACGAGCGAGGACCGUCAACAACAAACAUUUGAUUAUGGAACACCACGGCCGUCUCCAAACACUCAAAGUCAACCUCGAAACCUUACGGAGGAAGUUGGUCAGUCCACUGGUUAGGAGGAAUGAUUCAGUUAGCAUUGACAACGCGAGCGUCCUUGAUCAACAAAUCAGAGGCCUUGAGGGGACCUACGACUACUUGCGAGGAGUACGAGAGAAGCAGAAAAGUAAAUUGAUGGAGAUGGUUUAUGGCGCCAAAGCUGCAAGACCCAAAAUCAUUGGGACGAGUGGUUUGGAAGGUAUUGGACUGGAUAGUUCAUGAUGAGAAUUGUGCUGAGUUGGGAUACAGCAACAACGAUGAAGAAAAUAUGAUGUAUGAUAAUUUUCCUUCUUUUGUUGUAGUGUUUUAAAUUCGAUAGAAAAACAAU